GAGAGGACGUGGAGUCGUCGGAGACGACGGGGCCACAAGGCGAGCGAGCGAGCGAGGCAGGGAGCGAGGGAGGCAGCGAGCGACGAAGACGACGACGGAGACGUUGAGAAGAAGGGGGAGGGGGGAAUCCCGUCCACAGCCCGUGGAGCUCCGCCGUCGCCCACGGGCCCGGGGCAGGAGACGGAACCGCUCGCGCGAGCCUCGCAGGACCCGGGGGGCGUGAGGCAAGCGACGGCGGAGGCGAGGGCUGCUUGAGCCCGAGGCCUGCGGCUCCCUCGCUGCCGUGGGGCUGCUGCUGCUGCCCGUGUCGCCAGCGUUGUCUUGCUGGGUCUUGUGGGAGAUCCGCAGUCCCCGAUGUCUCCGUGUCCCAUCCUGUAGCCUCCCCUCGUCGUCGUCGUCGUCCCCCCCGCCGCGAGACCUCCCGACGCGCCCCUCCGCUGCCCGGGCCGCGGGCCCCGCUGCCCGGCUGCUGCUGCCGCUGCUGCCGCAAUGGGCAUCCUCUUCUCAAAACUCUGGCGCCUCUUUAACAAUGAAGAGCACAAGGUUAUCGUGGUGGGGUUGGACAAUGCCGGGAAGACGACGAUACUCUAUCAGUUCCUGAUGAACGAGGUGGUGCACACCUCCCCGACGAUCGGCAGCAACGUGGAAGAGAUUGUGGUGAAGAACACGCACUUCAUCAUGUGGGAUAUCGGAGGGCAGGAGUCCCUGCGCACCUCCUGGAACACAUACUACACCAACACCGAGUUUGUGAUCGUGGUGAUUGACAGCACGGACCGCGAGCGACUGGCCAUCACCAAGGAGGAACUGUACCGCAUGCUCGCCCACGAGGAUCUCCGCAAGGCAUCCGUGCUCAUCUUCGCCAACAAGCAGGACAUGAAGGGCUGCAUGUCGGCCGCGGAGAUUUCCCAGUACCUGAAGCUGACGUCCUUCAAGGACCACCCGUGGCACAUCCAGGCCUGCUGUGCCCUCACGGGAGAGGGGCUUUAUCAGGGCUUAGAGUGGAUGACUUCCGAGCUGGGUGUAAGAUAAUACGUCAACACGGUUGGCAUACCAUCGUGGGAAAUGAGAAGAGAAAAUAAAAUACAAACAUUGCUCGUUAACGAGAGACAUUUCAGUCACAACGUAUAAAAACAUAUUAAGUUAAUAAAGAAACAAAAAAAGGACAGACACUCGCAAACAGGACAACUAAUGACCCUGGAACGUUUGUAAUGAGCCAGCAUCUGAACGAUAAACACUUGAACGACGCGGGUCACUGGAGGCUGUGUCCUGCCGAAGUGGGCUUCGUGACGUCGCAAAGUGCUCUCUCUCUCACGACCGUCCACAUCCUCCCCCAGCUCCCACCGCUUCGUCAGGCCGCUCGCCCGCUCGCCCGCCUGACCACUCCCCUGCUCGCCUACACCAUCCGCAGCUCCCCUACCCCCUCCCCCCUCGCUCUCAACAACACUUAAAACUGUCACGGAGUUCUGUCGGCCACGGCGAGCUAGCGGCCAAGUGGCCGCAGAAAAGUGUCCUGAACGCCCAUAGCGGUCGCCUGCGCCUGGAUGCAAGUUAAUCGCUGGGCCACACGUCAAUUCAAAACGUGGGUGUCCCCCCCCCCCCCCGCACACACAUCUCCGAAGGUGCGAGGAAGCGAGCGUCACUCUCGCUAAAACCUGCGACAUCACGGAUUUCGGCGCUGCCCUUCGGAGCCUCCCGUGGGCCGCGCGCGCGAGAGGGGGGGGGGUGUAAGCGUCGAGGGUGGCAGCGGCGUUGUGGCUACUUCUCGAGAAUUACUCCGCGGGCUUCUCCCCCCUCCUCCAGCCACCUCCAAGGAAACCGCACGUCCUGGCGGCAGCUCGCGGCUGGUUUUGUCUCCGCCGUGACGCGCCGCGUCGUGCAGACGCCCCCCCCCCUCGCUCCGUCGGCUUUAGUUCGCGCGUGUCUCUGGUCGGUCGUGUUUACGAGCAGCACCACGGUGGCGUGGAUUGUUCCCAGCUUCAGGCCUCGGGAGCUCUCAACCUAAGCAACGUUUUCAUGCCGACAGAUUUGCCUCCACCUGUGUGUUUGUGCGUAUGUGUGGGUGCAUGUGCGUGUGGGUGUGUGCGUGGCCUCAACGUGCACAUAGCCUGGCACAAGCGCCGCGGUGACGUCACCUCCACUUAGUGGCGAAUGGCGGUUGUUGUGUGUGUGCACUUGAUCGGGGUGCAUGCUAAGCUAUGGCAACACGAAGAAGCCACUUUGUCUUGAAAUUUUAGUAAAUUUGGUAUAUUUUUGGGUUCUUUGAAAAGUGUGAUCAUUUCAGCGUCACGGUGUGUCUUCCACACUUUACAAACUUAUUUUUCUAUCCAAGGCCAACAAUUUAAUUUCAAGUUGUCAUUGGCUAAUCUACAAAUAUCUAUUGGCAACUUUAUCAAAAUAACGUAACUUUUGGUCGUUAAAGAUCGUGGCAUAAGAGGCCUCGUGUUCCCUGGGGCUUUGAACACAGCUGAUGGUUCAAUGGACAUGUGAAUUCUAGCCCACAUUCGUUUAUUUUUGCUCCCCAAAGACCUGAGGUUGAGAACCAUCAUCGGAAACCACAAUAUUUCCAGACUCGCCGUGUUCACGGCCGCGGGGUUUUAUGAUUAGCUGAUGGCUUGCGAUGUUCUUUGUUACAGUAUUUUUGUCGUUACCGCAGAUGGUUUUUUUAGAUUGUGCGAAAAUCCUGCUACGUUUUGAGGUCCUUUGCUCGACUGUUUCACCCGCAGUCUCUGCGCGCCUCUCAUCUCCCAAUGCCUGCACGCCACGUCCCCUUUAUUUAUGUUUGAGAAUAAAGGCAGCUGUGACGCAGCGGUGGGUUUGGCAUAUGAACAGGUGAAGCAGCCAGCAGCUGUUCACUGCAGCUGUGCUGGGCGUCGUAUUUUUUUUGUAAUAAAAGUUAUUGCAUUAAAAAUAAGCAAUUAAAACCGGGCCUUAUUGUCCUGCCCCUUUUUAAACUCGGGGCACUCUUUUCGGAACAUCCAAUCGCUGCAACGGCUGUCGACUGCCCCAGUCGGUGUGAGCACGUGGCACAGACUGAGUGUCCGCAUCGAGUCCAAGAGGUGGCUUCUUGUUUGUCCCAGCUUCUCAAUUUUGAAAGGAAACAAAACUGUCAGGUGGAUGGCUGAACAGGGCCGGUAUCCGGAUAUCAACCAGGGUCAAUCUUAACCCCAACCCUGAACUGCUUCAGCCACUUACUGGACUGAUAAGCCUGGUGUUGUUUAGGUUUCUCUUAAUGUAUGUAAAACUCGUGACAAACAAGAACCCAACUUGAAGCUCCAUUGCCAUGACUCGGAGCUGUUAUUGCAAUUGUUGUACAAAAUCUCAUCGUGGUCUCUUUGUCACUUUACAAGCGACCCGUACCGAAGCCGUGCCGAACUAGCCCAGCGCGGUUCACCAUGCGCCAGGUUUCUCCACUGCAGAAGCCGAGCAGUGCUUACUGAUGUCACUCACAAUGAACGAGUCGAGAGUCGUAUGUAGGUCAUGCGUACGAUGAAAACGAUUAACCUUACCCCUGACCCUACUUGGUCCCGAGCCAAAUUCGUAUAGGGCGCCAUGGUGGCCUGGUAUGUAUGAGGUCGUGGGUUCGAUCCCGACCCUGACGCCUGUAUGAGUGUCUGUAUAGAGUUUGCAUGAUCUCUCCGUGGUCGUGUGGCUUUUUCUCCGGGUCCUCUGUUUUUUCCCUCCACAUUUAGAAUCAACAUGCGUUUAGAGUAUUUUUGCACAUGAUAAGCCACUUCGUUGAGCUAUCAUUUGUGGCCAGGUCGCUUGUGAAAAAGAGGUAUAUAGCUCAGUGGGCCUUACCUGUCUUGUGAGGCCAGUUUUACAGUUUGGCCCUGGCUUGGCUCGGAAAAUUGCCAGUGAAAAAACUAUCCAUUACCGUGAGGGCCUCACUCUGGCAUGGCUCGGAUGUAUGAGUGAAAAAGGGGAAUUAACGGUGGCCAGGCUAACCCAAUGGUCCUGGUGUCCAUGCGUACACGAAGGCAAAUAUUCGCCGUAUAACCUCAACAGACUUCGAGCAAUUGCUGUUUGCGAACGCCUCUGAAGGCCAGCAACGGUACACGAGGGGGUGGGUGGCCAGUACCACGCCCGGCCGCCUUUGUCUCCCCAAUGGCGAUGUUUACACACCACACCUGGGCCUCAUUUGAGGCUGAAUCAACCUUGGGGAGGCCCAGGACCGGUUCUGAUAAUCGUCACUGGUGUGGUAGGCGUGAGCGAGAAUCGAACUCUGGGUCACCGGGCUCGCAGCGCCCUAACCGCUCCACCACCACCACUUCCCCAUGGCACAGAGACGCGGGCGAAAAAUAAUGGAGCUAACCGCUACACCACCACCGAUAUACCACCACUUACACAUGGCACAGAGACGCGGGCGAAAACAUCGCGGCAAAUCAAGCGACCGGACACUUAUGCAAGGCCAAUGCUCGGCAACACUGUUGUGGCAGCUCUCGUGAGUCCAGUCCGGGUGUUUUAGUAAAACGCAUGAGAGGUAUUCGGGCAUUGUUGUUCAAUCUGGCAGGUGGAAUCAAACCCGGCGUUGUUCGUUAUUAAAAUACUUGGCAUGUAACCAUACGAUUGAUUAACAUUGGCUUUCUACGCUCGCUGGACGACUUGAUCGUGAGAAUUGCUUUUUAUUUUGUUUUACACGAUUGAUGUAAAUGUUACAAAUGCAGUGGAGCCAAUGACCACAUGACCCACGAGGCGCCCGAUCCUGUCGGAUAUCGCAAGCUCGGCAGUUCCCAUCACGUCUCGUGCUUGGAUGAUGGGCGACCGCCAAGCACUGCGUAUACGUACACGCAAGGCGGUUUAAAGGGAGACGGAAAAUCGGUUCCCCGAAUCUUCUGGCUCGACGUUGGCGGAGGAGGUCGUCAACGUGUCCCCGGGUAUUUGCGUCCGCGCAUUGCUCAAUCCAGCAAGUGCAAAUUCCACCCAGGCUCAUUUGCAUUACAUCGUUUGAUCAAUUAAUAUCGACUCCUACGUUCGCGAUGCAUGCAUGGGUGUUGUGUCUGCAAGAAUCUCGAUGUGCUUUUUCGACUCGCGUUGUUUGUUGCGGGGUUCACGUCACCUCUGCAGCCACUGGGGGGGGGGGGGGGGGGGGCGCUACCAUCCUACUCACUGCACUGUUAAACGAAUCAAGAGUAUAUACAUUCUUGAUUACAACUCCACGACCCUCGAGUUGCGACCUUCAUCGAAUUGCAGUGUUGGCCCGGUGACACGGGGGAAGGGGAGUGGAUUACUUCUAACCUGGACAAGACUCGCCACGUGCGUGGGAAGUGGCCCAAACACACGUGGAGGGGCUCUUCCACGCACACACGAGCACGUCUUGGCCAUCACUCACACCCCCCCCCCCCCCCCCCCACCUGCCAACCCGCUCCUCACUUCCACAAUCUCCGGGGUCUCCGUGACAUCCCACGUUGUCAUGUUAAUAUGUAAAUGUGUAACGCUUUGUACAACUCUGGAGCGACGUCUUUUGGUAUUUUUAUUUAUACGAGCCCAGCCGCCCUGGAUGCUGUUCAAACGGACAACUCGCGUGUACAUGUGUAACGAUAAUACUUUUUACUAUUGUAUCAUUAUCGUUGUUAUUACUGCAAUUAUCAUUACUAUUGUUAUCAUUAUUAACCAGUGAUGGUGCUGCAUGCCUCUAAGCAUUGCCUGGGCCCAGGCGAAGUGUCGAAUGUUUGGUGGAGUUUGAUCGCGAGGGGUGGCGUGGAAGGAGUUUAGGUUUGUGCUGAAACCGCGUCACAACGACGACCCGUCUCGAGUGCGUAAACGACGACGCAUCGAUGCAUUCAUUCAUUCAUCGUCGGCGCCAUCGAUUCUCAAAGCCCUUCGUACAUGCGUCGAACAGCGCGUCCCGCAAGAAUCGAUGUUUUUGUUCGAUUGGUAUAUAUUUUGUUUGCAAUGUGAGAUCGCUGUGCAGCGACUUGAAGACUGCUACAUUCGCCACAAUGUCAUGCUAUUAUUUUAAAACAAAAGUUUUGCUGGCUGGAGGGAGGGACGGAUGGACGGAGGAUCACGUCCGUACAGGUUGCUUGUAAAAAAAACAAUUCUGGAAUCAUGACCAUGAAUCGCCGUGGGUUUGUGAUGGGAGAGAGGGGGGGUGUAGGUAGCAAUUUGUUCAGUGUUGCCCCCAUCCCAUUCUCUCUCUCGCCACCAGUGGCUCGAGCCCCUGGCUACCGGUGUUUGUAAAGGCAAGGUGAUCCAUGCUGUAGGGACGCAGGGACUCCUCUCUGUGUUUGUUUUAAGCCGCGCCAGGCGUGGCUGACUGCUUUGGCUGACUUCGACUGCGUUGAAUACACGUUUAAACCAAACUCGGCGCGUCUGCCAUCGGCCUGCUCUCGUUCACCUGCGCGCACGCACUCGGAUCGCGAUGUGGUGGUUACGCUGGCAGCCGCGAGCGGGGGGGGGGGGCCUCUGCCCUCUGCCCUCUGCCCCGCCGCUUUCUUUUGCCUUCAACUUCACACUCCGCUGGAGAAAUUACUUCGUUCAGUGACGACGGGGAGGAUGUUAUUUGUUAAACAAUUAAGCACGAGCGUUUAAUCAACUUCCUCGGCAUAAUGUUUGAGAACAAGAAAUCCAGAACUCUGACUUUCGGAGUAUGCUUAGUGCAAAUAAGCAAACCCUUCUAGAACCUCGUUAGACGUUACAUCAGUCGCUAAGUCUCUAUGCAUGCCAAUGUUAGAGAAGGUCUCACCGCGAAUCUCUGGAAGUCUUCACUGCUAGGGAUGUUUCACAAUUUCCUCGAGUGUUUAUGUGCCGUGUAGAAGCAGACCCGAAUGCCCGGAGAACACUGAAAUCUUCCCCACACACACAAUCUGGUCUGAAUCAUACAUUCUGCUCUGCUUAAUACGGGGGGGGGGGGGUGGGGGACCAGAACUUGUCCCCUACAUCAUCUAUACGUGAUCCAUCAACCCCCACAUCUGUAUUAUAAAACAAGCUAUUAUUUGUAUCUCAAGUCCCCCAUGCUCUUGUGACCCACAGCACCACCGCCUUCUAUCCCGACACCAGCUUAUGCACACUGCGUGGUCGCUCCGCUUGUACUAUCUUAGCCCAUUGGUCAUCUGCCCUUUUUUUUAUCCCUGGUGUUAUCGGUCUCCGGUGAGACGCCGUUCCCAGUUUUAGGCGAGUUCCGAGUGUGUGCGUGACAAGAGAGUGGCACAGUUGGGGGCGCAGCUGGUGCGUCGGCCAGUCAACUCAGUCGGUCAACCGAUGGCACCUGCUGGGUCUGGUCCCGUGACCUGUGAGCGGGUGGUCGACACUUCACGUGGCCUUAAGGUGCACAUGGCCUGGCACAAGCGCCGUGGUGACAUCACCGCCACUUAGUGGCGAAUGGCGGUUGCUGCGCUACGAACCCGGCACUUCGGGUUCGAUUCCCGCUCGUGGCCAACACCAGUGACGAUUAUCUGAAUCGCUCCUGGGCCUCCCCUAGAUCGACUCAGCCUCAGUUUAGUACCUGGUGUGCUGUGUAAGCAUCACCGGCCGGGCGUGGUGUUGGCAACCUCGUGUACUGUGCCGGCCUUUUUAGACGUUCGAUAACAGAACUUGACCCAACAGUCUGUUCAGGCGAGUCGGAGUUUGUUUAUGUUCUACCCUGUACAGCUUUCCUCCCAGAGUAAAAAAAAAACCCACCGAAAUCCAACCCACACACAAAAUGUCACAGGGAUUGGCUAAAACGUUGGAAUGUUGAACAAAAAAAUUGGCUGCUUAAUGACUCAAUCGGGAUUAUGCACAACAAUGUCGCCUACCUGCCACGAAAACUUGGCAUGAUGCUCCUGAAAAACAGUCUUGAGACUCGGUGCGGCUUUUCCGAGCGCAGAGUACGCCUUCAAGUGCGCGGGCCUGCAUGCUUCGUCGUGUUACUUGCGCACGUGUAUCAGUGGUGCUUGGUUAUCGCCGCGUGUGAGUGGGCGAUACAUCUGCCCAUGAGAUCUGUCCUUCCUUGGAGGUGCGUGCGUGCAACGAGUUUGAGGUAUCGUGGUCGAGGUCGUGCCGUUCCAUUCAGGAAUAUAUUCUUGAUAAUUGGUUUUUUACCCUUUUAUCUGGCAACAAAACUUGACACCUUUUUUACAAGGAGUCAUGUUUGCAUAGACCACAAUACCUGCAGUCAGUUUUGUUGCCAGAUAAAAGGGUAAAAAAACAAUUAUCAUAUUUUUUCUUCUGGCAAAUGAGGUUCCAAUCUUGGAAUCUAUUCUUGUUAAAAUUUUGGCGGUGAAUGGUGAGCGGUCACAAGCGGCUUCUGUAAUUGGGGUCACGUAAACCCAUCGCAAGACAUCGAUUCUGAUACACGUGACUCAAUUGUAAUCGAUUAAUAGAUGUCAACCACCACCACACUCUCACACCAGUCUCCGAUCGCGCCCACCACUCAUUACUAAUUAAGCGCCACUGUUGAGUUGAAAUUCAUUGCCACCGUGGAACUGGCUAAAAUCAUCCCAGCACAAUGCACAUACAAGACACUGGUAGUAUCGCUGACUUGGCACAAACUUAGUUAUUUUGUAUCGACCUUGAUUGAUGAUGAUGGGCUAAGUCGACGCGUGACCAGGAUUUGAACCCGUGUCCUUCCAGCUGCGAGUGACUACAGCUGCCACUCGCACCUGAUACGGAACCGUCACGUGCACGCGGACCGUUCAAUGCGUGAGGGAUAUUUGACCAUACUUCACCGAGCUGGUCAAUGGGGGUUUGGUGAAGGUGGGAGUAGCGUGGUGGUGGGGGGGGGCAGUGCCGAACUACGAUUGUGUUUUGCUGAAUUGCCCUCCCCUGCUCACGGCGCCUCCUGCAACCCGUCUGUUGUGCAUGGCGAUGAUGAUGAUGACGAUGAUCCACACUACCAGGUCUCCGCCCAGGCUCAAAUCCCCGCUGAGCUUGCGAGGCCGUGGCGCAUCCCGUGACGUUGAAUGUGCAACGGAUGCCGCCCCGGUCGUCGCGACUGAACUACAAAAUAGACGUUGUGAAGGAAGCGCGCGCAUCGGCGCGAGGUGAUGACAGUAUUGCAAUAAAUGUCCUUACACGUU